UUAUAUAAGUGUUUUUAUUUUUACAAGUAUUAAACUCUAUUGAUAGAAGCAAUAUACCAAAUCCUUCAUACUCUUCUCUCCUUCUCCCCUCAUUAUGGAAGAGGAAUUGGUCAUUCAAUUCUGAUGUUGUUUUCUUCAGUGACCAACACCAUCAGCAUCAUUGUUCUACGCCACUGUACUCUCCUUCCUCUACGUGUCUCUCUUCUUCUUCUCAAUGGACAACACCUCCUACACUCGCGCCACUCCAAGUUCUGGCAAUGGCAGAGGAAUGGCUUUUGAUACAAGAAAUGAUAGAGAAAGAACAAGAGGGCCGAGUGGCUCCGGAAACAAUAAAAUUGAUGCUCUUGGUAGGCUCCUGACGCGAAUUUUACGUCAUAUGGCAUCUGACUUGAAAUUGAAUAUGAGAAGUGAUGGUUAUGUGAAUGUUAAUGAUUUACUAUACCUGAAUUUGAAAACAUUUGCUAAUAUUCCUCUACGAUCCCACACUAUUGACGACAUCAGGGAGGCUGUUCGAAAAUAUAAUAAGCAACGUUUCAGUCUCAUAGAAGAAAAUGGGGAGCUACUAAUACGUGCAAACCAUGGCCACACAACCACGGCUGUUGAAACUGAAAGAUUAUUGAAACCAAUCCUUUCAGUUGAAGAAUUUCCAGUUUGUGUGCAUGGAACAUAUAAAAGGAACUUGGACUCAAUUCUAGAAUCUGGUUUGAAACGCAUGAAACGAUUGCAUGUUCAUUUCUCUCAUGGUUUACCAACAGAUGGAGAAGUAAUAAGUGGAAUCAGACGAGAUGUUAAUGUUCUGAUCUUUCUUGAUGUUAGAAAAGCUUUGGAGGAAGGUAUGAAGCUAUACAUUUCUGAAAACAAGGUGAUCUUGACCGAAGGUUUUGACGGUGUUGUUCCAUCCAAGUAUUUCCAGAAGAUAGAAUCGUGGCCUGGAAGACAGCCUAUUCCUUUUUAAAAUCUAUGUCAUAUUUUGAUUUUACUUAUGUAAGGAUAUUCCAAGGGGAGGAUUUCUAAAUCAUUGUGUAUAGCUCUCGCAAAUUUUUCACAAACUUUAAUUCAAGUUGUUAUUAGAUUAAA